ACUCCUGGCUCUCUUGUGCCACAGCGCAGUGGCAUGUAGCCAAUGAGCAGUCCACUGACCACACAUGUGCUGGACACCACCUCGGGCCUUCCUGCUCGGGGCCUCUGCCUCCGUUUGUCCCGGCUGGAGGAUCUGGGCGAGCAGUGGAUGGAGCUGAGGAAAAGCUACACAGAUCCAGAUGGCCGCUGCCCUGGCCUCCUGAAGCCAGGCCAGAUGAAGGCAGGCACCUACAAGCUGUCGUUUGACACUGAGGACUACUGGAAGAAGAGGGGGCAGGAGAGCUUCUACCCAUAUGUGGAGGUUGUCUUCACCAUCACAAAUGAGACCCAAAAGUUCCACGUGCCUCUGCUGUUGAGCCCAUGGUCCUACACCACCUACCGAGGGAGCUAGAGCUGAGUAUGGCACAGGGAGGUGGUCUGACCCAACCAACUUCCACAGAGGGCCAGUGACCAUCGUGGGGGACUGGGAUCACCUGCUUGCUGGGGGAGACUCUGUCCCCCUCAAGUUUCCCUUGGGUGUCAAUAAAUUCCAUGUUGCCA